UGCUCUGCGUAUGUGCUGUUAUCUUACAAAUUUCUGUGAUAAAUUACAUGAAAAUGAAGAGGAAGGCGAUAAGCGGGAGUGCUUUGAACACAGGAUUGAUCCUAUUCGGAUAAUUGUGCCGAGUUUGAGGUAAAGUCGUUGGGAUAUCAAACCUCUCCAGCGUAGACGCAGUACAGGCUCCGGAGUUACGGGGAGCAGGGGAAAAGAAUUUGGAAAGUAGAGCUUACAUUUAAGGAUUACAAACCUUUUUCUUCUCCCGAAUAACUGUGGACGCGCUGUUCUUUGAUGUCUGAAAAGACUGUUUGGUGGCAAUGACGGGCGAGGAGGAGGAGGGCCUCUGCGUUGAAACAUCAACGUCAAUGUCACCAUCAGCUGCAACAAUCUCCAGGGUAACAACUGUAGCCAGGGGCAACCGUGAUGGUGCUGUCUCUUCCUCGUCACCCUGCAGGCCCUCCCCUUACCUCCAUCAGUGUCCUAAGGAGAAGAAGGUGGAAGAUGGGGAGAUAGAAGAGGAAGGGAUUAUCCAGGAAGAGAGGACUGAGGAGGAAGAAAAGAAGCAGGAAGUGGUGGAGGAGUGUGACGAAAAUGAUGACAAUGAAGAUGAUGAUGGCAGUAGUGACACCAGUGUGUUGGUUGUGCCCUAUCCUGAGCUGGUACCUGUGGUCUUCUUUUGCCUUAAGCAGACAACCUUCCCCCGCAGCUUGUGCAUCCGCAUGGUCUCCAGUCCAUGGUUCGAACGUGUCAGUAUGAUGGUGAUCCUGCUGAACUGCGUCACCCUGGGAAUGUACCAGCCUUGUGAGAACAUUGACUGCUCUUCGGACCGGUGCCAAAUACUACAGGCCUUUGAUGCAUUCAUCUACAUCUUUUUCGCUCUGGAGAUGGUUAUAAAGAUGGUCGCUUUGGGAAUAUUUGGUCGGCGCUGUUACCUAGGGGACACAUGGAAUCGGCUGGAUUUCUUUAUCGUCAUGGCAGGGAUGAUUGAAUACUCUCUGGACCUGCAGAACAUCAACUUCACUGCCAUCCGAACAGUGAGGGUGCUGCGACCUCUCAAAGCAAUUAAUAGGGUGCCAAGCAUGCGCAUCCUGGUGAACCUGCUGCUUGACACCCUGCCGAUGUUAGGUAACGUCCUCCUCCUUUGCUUCUUUGUUUUCUUCAUCUUCGGCAUCAUUGGGGUGCAGCUGUGGGCAGGGCUGCUGAGGAACCGUUGCUACCCACAGGAAAACUUCACACUCACUACAGGGAUCAGUCUUCCUCGGCCGUACUACAUGGCUAAUGAGGAUGAUGAGCGGCCUUUCAUCUGCUCCCUACCUGUCGACAAUGGCAUUAUGUCCUGUUCAGAUGUCCCAGCCCGUCGUGAAGGUGGCAGGGCAUGCUGCUUGGAUAAAGAUGACGUCCUUUACCGCCAGUCACUUGGUCUGAGCCCUGAACCUCUAACAAACGGCAGCAGUGUAGCAGGGCUGUGUGUCAACUGGAACCAGUACUACACCAGAUGUCAUACUGGAAGCAGCAACCCACAUAAAGGUGCCAUCAACUUUGAUAACAUCGCAUAUGCUUGGAUUGUCAUCUUUCAGGUGAUCACUCUAGAGGGCUGGGUGGAGAUCAUGUACUAUGUGAUGGAUGCUCAUUCCUUCUAUAAUUUCAUCUACUUCAUCCUGCUUAUUAUAGUUGGUUCCUUUUUUAUGAUCAACUUGUGCCUCGUGGUCAUCGCCACCCAGUUCUCAGAGACCAAGCAGCGGGAGCAUCAGCUGAUGCAGGAACAGCGAGCUCAGUGCUCUUCCUCCUCCACGCUGGCCAGUGAACCGGGAGACUGUUAUGAAGAACUCUUUCAGCUGGCAUGCCACUUUGUCCGCAAGGCCAGGAGACAAACUGUAGCGCUUUUUAACACACUGCGGGGUAAACCCCGUGGCUUUCGUGGCGUAGGAAGAGGUAGAGGUGGAGGGGAAAUGAGGGAAAGGAAAGCCAAUGGACGUGAAAGACGUCCUCUGUGUCCUCAUCAUAAUAAACCAGAACACACCUCACCAACUGAGCCUUUGGCCCUCACUGCCACCUCUGCCACAGAUGGCUGCCCUCAGUGUGCUGCAGCACUGACACAAAAAGAUGGGAUGGGACCAGUACGUAGUGUAGCAAGUGAUGAAGCAGAAGAGGGAGCCUUGGAUGAAACAAACAGGGAAGACAACCAGUCUGAGGGUAACGUCAAGGGCAAGAAAUGCCAGGACAGUGCAGGAAACCAUGUGUGCUGUAGUCCUAAGAAGCAAUGCAAGGAAUUAUGGUACGAGAUAAGGAUGAAACUGUGGGGCAUCGUUGAGAGCAAGUACUUCAACCGAGGCAUCAUGAUUGCCAUCUUGAUCAACACCAUCAGCAUGGGCAUCGAGCAUCAUGAGCAGCCAGAGGAACUCACUAAUGUUCUGGAGAUUUGCAACAUCGUCUUCACCAGCAUGUUCUCCUUGGAGAUGAUCCUCAAGGUCACAGCCUUCGGCUCUUUCAGCUACCUGAGGAAUCCCUACAAUGUCUUUGAUGGAGUCAUUGUCAUCAUAAGUGUUUGCGAAAUUGUUGGCCAGUCAGAUGGCGGUUUGUCUGUGUUGAGGACGUUCAGGCUGCUGAGGGUGUUGAAGCUGGUGAGGUUCAUGCCAGCUCUCAGAAGACAGCUGGUGGUCCUAAUGAAGACUAUGGACAAUGUGGCCACCUUCUGCAUGCUACUCAUGCUCUUCAUUUUUAUCUUUAGCAUACUUGGGAUGCACAUCUUUGGCUGUAAAUUCAGCCUCAAAACAGAGACUGGAGACACUGUACCAGACAGGAAGAACUUUGACUCACUGCUGUGGGCCAUUGUCACAGUUUUCCAGAUUCUGACCCAGGAGGAUUGGAAUGUGGUUUUGUACAAUGGUAUGGCAGCCACCUCCCCACUUGCUGCUCUGUAUUUUGUGGCACUGAUGACCUUUGGAAACUAUGUUCUCUUCAACCUGCUGGUGGCCAUCUUGGUAGAAGGCUUUCAGGCAGAGGGUGAUGCCAAUCGCUCUUAUUCAGAUGAUGACCACUCUUCUUCCAACUUUGAUGAGAGCGAGAAACAUGAAUCCAUAAAGCUAUCUGAUCCCAGGAUCUGCACUCUGACACCAAAUGGCCACCUGGAGCUGGGAGCCCCUUCAGGACCCAGGGGAUCCUACUCCUCAGACAAGCGGAGCUUUCUCAAUGAGUCCAGAAAGAGCAGUGUGAUGAGCCUGGGCAAGAGCAGCCUGGAGAGACGCUCCCUCUCUCUGCGCCAUGGUCGCAGUUCCAACUACCACAACUGGGGACGACCUUUUCCUCCACAGUCAGGAUGGAGUCGCAGGUCUAGCUCAAACAGCCUUGGUCGAAGAAGCUAUGGGUUUGGUGGGACACAUCCAGUUGGAGGCAGCCUUCGUGUGCGCAGCACCCGCUCUCCCUACUCUUACAACUAUGCUUCAGAGCAGGAGUCCCUUCUUUCUCACCCUCUGCACUCACAUCAUCCUCUGCUCCCUCAUCAUCCACCCCCAGUGUUCCUUUCCAGACAUUUUGGUGCAAGGAGGGAUCGACGGGCUCUAUCCCUGGAGCUCCCAGAGUUACUUCGGACAGGUGGACAGCCACCAGUACUGCCCCCUAUCCAGCUUCCAGAUCCUGGAAGAAGGAGUGGGUCUGGGACAGGAAAGUCUCUUGCAGGAGGCUCCGGAGCUGGAAGUGGUUUAGGAGUGGACCAUCGUGACUGUAAUGGGAAGGCACCAGGUCUACACACUCACCUGAUAACAGAAGUUUUUCCUCAAGUGAACGCACGCAAGGAUAGAGCAGACCUGGAUGAAGAAACAGACUAUAGUUUAUGCUUCCGUAUCCAGAAGAUGAUGGAAGUGUACAAGCCAGACUGGUGUGAGACCAGAGAGGACUGGUCGGUGUAUUUGUUCUCCCCUCAGAACAAGUUUAGACUGCUCUGUCAGUCCAUUAUUGCUCAUAAGCUCUUUGACUACGUGGUCCUGGUCUUCAUCUUCCUCAACUGCAUCACAGUGGCUCUUGAGAGGCCCAGGAUUCUGCAAGGCAGCCUGGAGAGACUGUUUCUCACAGUUUCCAACUACAUCUUUACUGCCAUCUUUGUUACAGAGAUGACUGUCAAGGUUGUGUCCAUGGGUCUGUAUCUGGGGGAAAAGGCAUAUCUGAGAAGCAGCUGGAAUAUUCUGGAUGGUUUCCUGGUCUUCGUGUCCCUAACUGACAUUGUAGUGUCAAUGGCGGGCGGGGCUAAGAUCUUGGGGGUUCUUCGUGUCCUCAGGUUGCUCAGGACAUUACGUCCUCUCAGGGUAAUCAGCAGAGCUCCAGGACUAAAGCUGGUGGUCGAGACUCUGAUCACUUCCCUCAAACCCAUUGGCAACAUCGUUCUCAUCUGCUGCGCCUUUUUCAUCAUCUUUGGCAUUCUUGGUGUUCAGCUCUUCAAAGGAAAGUUUUACUACUGUGUGGGUUUCGAUGUGAAGAAUAUCACAAAUAAAUCUGACUGCCUAGCUUCCAACUACAGAUGGGUUCACCACAAAUACAACUUUGACAACCUUGGACAGGCUCUUAUGUCCCUUUUUGUCCUGGCAUCAAAAGAUGGCUGGGUCAACAUCAUGUACCAUGGACUGGAUGCAGUGGGAAUUGACCAGCAGCCAAUGACCAACAACAACCCAUGGAUGCUGCUGUACUUCAUCUCCUUCCUCUUAAUUGUUAGCUUCUUUGUCCUCAACAUGUUUGUGGGUGUGGUGGUGGAGAACUUCCACAAGUGUCGGCAGCACCAGGAGGUCGAGGAAGCCAGGCGGCGGGAGGAGAAACGCCAGCGCCGCAUGGAAAAGAAGAGGAGAAAGGCUCAGAAGAUGCCAUACUACGCUUCCUAUGGUCGCAUCCGCCUGGCUAUCCAUGCUUUAUGUACCAGUCACUACCUGGAUCUUGUCAUCACCUUCAUUAUCUGCAUAAAUGUUAUCACUAUGUCCCUGGAACACUACAGCCAGCCACAGUCUCUGGAAACCACACUGAAGUACUGCAACUAUUUUUUCACCUCCACGUUUGUGAUUGAGGCCUCUCUGAAGCUUGUGGCCUUUGGCUUUCGACGCUUCUUCAAGGACAGGUGGAAUCAACUGGACUUGGCCAUAGUGCUGCUGUCUGUAAUGGGCAUCACCCUGGAGGAAAUUGAGAUCAACGCCUCUCUCCCGAUCAACCCUACCAUCAUCAGGAUCAUGAGGGUGCUCAGGAUAGCACGAGUGCUGAAGCUUUUAAAAAUGGCAACCGGAAUGAGAGCCCUACUUGACACUGUGGUCCAGGCUCUGCCUCAGGUGGGAAACCUGGGCCUGCUCUUCAUGCUGCUGUUUUUCAUCUACGCUGCUCUGGGGGUGGAGCUUUUUGGAGAGUUAGUCUGCAAUGCUGACUACCCCUGUGAAGGGAUGAGUCGCCAUGCCACAUUUGAAAACUUUGGAAUGGCCUUUCUUACACUCUUCCAAGUAUCAACUGGUGACAACUGGAAUGGCAUCAUGAAGGACACCCUCAGAGAGUGCCCGCCAGAUCGUCCAGGCAGUGACUAUGGCUGCCACACUGGACUGCAGUUCAUCUCUCCGAUGUAUUUUGUGUCCUUCGUGCUCACAGCACAGUUCGUUCUGAUAAAUGUGGUGGUUGCUGUGCUCAUGAAGCAUUUGGAUGAUUCCAACAAGGAAGCGCAGGAGGACGCUGAGAUGGACGCAGAAAUUGAGCUGGAGCUGGCUCAAGGAGGCCUUUGUUGCAUGAUGGGUGGUAUCGGAGCCAUUGCUGGGGCCACAGGUGCUGCUGCAAGUGGGGCAGCUGUGGGCGGCACAGCGUCUAGUGCACUUACACCAGGGACAGUAGGUGGUUCAAGUGGAGGAGUGAUGGCACUGCUGCAAGAAGGAGGAAGUGGUGGUGCAUCUCAUGAAGGACACACACACCAUCGAUGUCGACUAUAUUCUCCUGCUCAGGAGAGCCAGUGGCUGGACAGUGUGUCUCUGCUGAUUAAGGACUCAUUGGAGGGGGACAUGAUUGACAACCUCUCUGGCUCAGUUUUUCACCACUACUGCUCUUCUCCUGUGUGCAAGGACUGCAAGAGCCACCCACAAGAGAUUCGACUGGCAGAGGUAGAGCAGGCGUCACUGAUGUCGGAGCAGCUGUCAGACAAAUCUUCAUCUCCAGCUCUGCCUGAUGACCUCAGCCUGGAUGAACACAGCAGCUACCAGCUGCUUGUCAGAGGCAGUCAGAGAGGCAGCAGUGAUUCCCACAGUUCAGAGGAGUUGCACACCCAAGGAGGCUACAGAGGGCUCCAUCCCUCCAGCUCAGGUAGUGAGGGUGGUGAAUUGUUUGAAGAGGCCAUCCAUCCUCAGCUUCAUCCUCUUUCACAGAGGCAGGAAAGCCCUGCACAUGACAAAGACAGCGAUGGAGGAAGUUGCAGUGGAACUGUUGGUGUGCCCCGACCCAUAUUUCAACUACCAGCAGACUUCUUCCACCCUGCUGCUGCAGCUCAUUCAGACAGUCCUGGAGACAGUGUCAGCCAAGGAGACAGAGGGCCUUCCAGGUUGGCUUCUCCAGCCUCCUGGGCCUCCCUCCGCUCACCUGGUGCCAACAGUAGGCCACUGAGCUCUCAGCACCCAUCCCACAGUGACUCAUCUUUGGCCAGUUCAGAGGGAAGUCUGCAGACCACACUUGAAGAAGGACUUAGCUUCAGUGUUUCUCCUUCUCAAGACUUGGCUCUCCCUAUGCCUCAUCCCUGCCCAAUUUCCAGCCAUACCUCGCACCCCCGUGGAUCGCCUUCAGCAGACCUGGGUCAGCCUUCGCUAAAGAGGCGCAGUACUGUUCUUAACCUCCAAGCUACUCAAAGGCACCAGAGGAACCAGAGCAGCAGCAGCAGAGGUGGCAGCACCGGCCCAGGCUGCCCCCAACAGGACUCCAUGGACCCUUCAGAUGAGGAAGUAAGCACAGGGACAGGAAGGGAGGGGUACCGCCAAGCCCAAAACAGCGAACAUUUGUCUGAAACACUAAACAGCCUCUCCUUGACAUCUCUGCUCACUCCAGACUCACUGGCACCAACGAUGAAGAAAUGUAACAGCACAGGCUCUCUAGACCAGUCUAAUCGAUCUGCUCAGAGUAAAGAUGGCUGUCACUUCUAUGGCGUAGAUGCUCAUGGUUUCUUGUCUAACCCUUGGAUGGAGGGACGGGAAAGAGCUGCAGAAGAAGACAGUGAGAUGACAAGCUUGAACAUGAAAAGCAACAAUCAGCCAACAGACACAAGCUCCAGGAAAAAAAGAUGAAACACUUGUUGCCUCUCUGCAGUGGAACUGUAACCCUUUGCAUUUCUUGACAUUGAACAGAACAUGGAGAGACUCCUAAAUACAUCCUGUGAAACAAUCCUUAAAUUCUCUCUCUUCGUUCAGUCUUGUGUUCUCUCAAUUUACUCCUCAAAUUUGGCUGCUUGGCUCAAGUCAUUUCUCACAGUUGCUUCUUGGCACCCUUUUUGCAUAGGAUGCAACUGUUCUGACAGGUGUUAACAGUAACCUCAAGGGGUUUAGCCUUUGAGCACAACCAGGAUUCGGCCUUGGAAAAUGUGGCAGUUCUGGAUUUUGUAUGUAAACUAUCAUUACAAAAUAUUCAGGAAGCUAUUAGAAAGAUAAGCCUGAAAAAAAAUUAGUGAGUGAUAAACAUCACUAUUCAGUUAGAUGAAACAGGGCUUGCUUGACCUAAUGUGCCCACAACCUUCGUGCAAAAACAACACAGCCAGUAAUGGACAGACAGCAAACGCUGAAGCUUGGAAAGAACUGAACUUUGUACAGUUAGUCUUUUCUCUUUUGUAAUAUCCAUCAAUAAUGGUAGCAUCGCCCUCUUCCAUCUUUAGCAAAUGUGGUGGGUAAUGAGAAAUUGGAAGAACAUAUAUUCUGUCUUUUUGUUUGUUUUUGUUGACAAGUCUGUCUCUAUCUGUGAGAAAGAAGGAGACAAGGACGAGCAGGAAGCUUAGUUCUUAUAAAAAUUAACAAAGCACCUCUUUGAAGAAAAAUAAGAGUAUGUAACUGCUGCUGAGAAAACAUGUGGGUAGUUAGUGGAAACAUGCAGCCUCUCCUAGAGUGGACUGUUUUUUACUUCCUGCAUACAUGUGGAAGGGCUAAAGUGUAUUAAAUGCAGACCUGGGCCAAAUAAUACAUCCUAUAAUGAUGUUUGGCUACACAUAAAAUCUUUGUAAGGCACUCACAUUUCUUUAAAAUAUACAAUAAUAAUACACAGGUGCAUUAUUGACAUGAUUUGCAUAUCAGAACUGAAAGUCAGAAAUAAGAAAAAAUAAAUAUGAAUAAUUGUCUGAAAUUUUUCUGAUCCAGAGCCAACAUCUGAGAUCAGGAUAAUAAACACAUCAAAACUUAUUACCUGCUUUUAUGCUUACCUAAGGACAGGAGACACUUUCUAAGGCACAGGGGAAACUUGCCUUAUCGAUAAUUUUAAACAUGAUUUCUCUUUCUGAAGCAGCAGACUUGGCCUAUUUCCAACAGUAACCCAUCUUCUCUUUUAUUAGACUUUCUGGAACAAGCCCUUGUUUAGUGCCCUGUGCCAGCAUUACAGCAAUUGCAUUGUUAUUAAAGAGUUUAUGGCCUUCAAAGAUGUAUCAGCACCAUUAUUCAGUCCUAAAGAUAAAAGAUUAUUAUAGGCUUUUGCUGUUCUUUGGGCCAUGCGUAGCGCUUUGAACCAAACAGAACCAUGUUAAACAUAGCUUUUACCUGCCCCUGAAUGGAAUAUAACUGAACAACUAUCAAGAUACAAGAGCAGGAUUGCCCAACUAAUGAGGAUAUAUAUAUGCAGAAGACACAAAUAUGCUUGUAGUUGAGUCUAAGUACUCAUGAAGUCCCAAAACAAUUUGACCCAGGUCUGCUUGAGUGUAGCAAGAUGUUAAAAAAAUACUGCAUUAUGGCAAGCAAUGUGGUUAAAAUUGAUGUAGUGUAUAACUUUGAGCAAUUGUUCUGAAAACUAGUGACGAUCCUUCAUAUCUUAGAAUACAGUUGUACCAUAAUCAUAUACAACACACAGACACACAAACAGCCACACGUAUCAUACCAAGAUGUUGAUGUCAAAACACUACAGGAUAUUUCUUUAGCUGUUUGAGAUGAGAAAAAAAACUCAGUCUUUUUCUCUAUUUGCAUCACUUUUCACUUGUAUUACCUUCCUAUUCAAGGAAGCUGGAGUAUUAAAUAACUAUUGACUACCCCACCUCUAUUUGAGAUAUGCAAUAUGGUGCAGUAGAUGUACACUUAGAUGUAUGAGACUUGUAAAGAUAGGCAAUAUGGUGAGAGAAGAUUAUAUUUAUGAUUAUAUUUAUGAAUUCAUGUAUAAAAUGUCACAAAGAUUUGAAGGUCACUGAAAGUAUGAUGAUAUAUUCAUGUAUUCCAAAGUGUGUGUUCCCUUUUUUCCCCAUCUCCUCGACCCCAUUUUCUUUUUUCAAAGUGCAUGUUUUUAUUUUUUUUUGUUUUGUAUUUUUUAUUUUGUGUUUUCUUAAAUGUCAUUCUUGUGUCAUAUAAAAAAGAGAUAGCUUUUCAA